CAGAAUGCAUACAACAUACACAAACUGCUUCCUCAGUACUGCAUGCUUCUUGCUGAAAUUUUCUGGGAAUUGUUGUAAUAAUACAUGGAGUUGAUGCGUUCCAACGGAGAAUCUUGUUAUUAUUCUGUGCUUGGAAUCUGUAAACAAGCUUCGGAUGCUGAAAUCCGAGGGGCUUACAGGAAACUUGCUCUGAAAUGGCACCCAGAUAGAUGUGUGAAAGAUCCUGCAAUUGUUGGACAAGCAAAACAUAAAUUCCUUCAAAUUCAAGAAGCUUAUUCUGUUCUGUCCGACAAAGGGAAGAGAUCAGUCUAUGAUGCUGGGUUACUUGACCUGUUGGCAGAGAACAGUGAUGAUAAAGAAUUUUGUGGGUUCAUGCAAGAAAUGGUGGCAAUGAUGGAAAAGGAGAAAUCUCAGGCUGCAAGUAGUUUGGAGGAUCUACAGAGCAUGUUGCAGGAGAUGAUGGAAGGGGCUUGACAGAUUCAAUCAAGAAAGCCAGGAAACAGCAGAAAGAACACAUUUUAAUUUUAUGCUGUCAUGAUGCUUCAAUUCAUUUGAAUCAAGUUGGAUUUUUAUGCACUUUUUGCCUAUAAAUAUUGCAUAAUAG